AUGAUGGUGCUGUCAAUUGUGUUCCUUUUUCUCACAGCAAUAGUCAUUAUCCUACGUUGUUUUGUUCGUUUGAAACACGCAAUCUUUGGUGUAGAUGACAGUCUUAUGCUUGCAGGCUGGCAUGAUAUACGAGAUAUUAACAUUACUUGGCUACUCCACGUUGCUCAUGUAGCUGUCAGCAUCCGAGCUAUUUAUGCUGGCUUAGGAAGAAAAGAUGCCACCUUAAAUAGCUACCAACAGAGAUCCAUUCUCAAGUAUACAUGGAUUGGAGAAUUGAUUUAUAUCUUUUCGUUAAUAUGUCUUAAGUGCUCUAUCUGCAUUACCUUUUUGCGAAUUGCUGUAAAGAGAUUACACCGCAUGAUCAUUUGGGGCACAAUUGUCUUCAUUAUCGGCACUCUUUUCUUUGCCGUUGUUGGGAUGUUUGCUGUAUGUCUCCCCAUAAGUGAUAAUUGGGAGAACUACAAUGCAUGUUCACCGCCCUUAAGAACAAGUACAGGCUAUGUUCUGGCUAUCAGUGCAAUUGUCUCGGAUUGGAUUUGUUCGGUCCUGCCCUUUUUUAUGCUGUAUAAGUCUAAUAUGCAGAAAGCAACUAAGAUUUCUGUUAGUAUUAUUCUUGGGCUAGCAGUCUUUGCAUCUAUCUUUACUAUUAUUCGAAUACCCUAUUAUAAGGGUCUUACGACACCUGAGAACUUCUUUUAUAAUCUCGCCUAUAUCUAUCUCUGGUCGAUGGUGGAAACCAGUGUCGGAACUAUUGCUGGCUCCUUACACGCCAUAAGGAAGUUGUUCAGCUCUCAUUUCCGUUUUGAUUCCACUACAGGCUCUUCUACAACGUGUGCUACACCGUUUUCUGGGACCAACCGAGCUACUAUAACAACUCAAUCAGUAGCAUCCGGAGAGAGAAGCAACAAUUGGGAGCGGCUUGACGAUAAUGAAGGUUCACUUGGCCAAAAGAUUCAUGUCCAGGUGGAUGUAGAGAUGCAUUCCUCGAAAAGACCCCAGACGCCCCAGGAUUCAGAUGGGUCCUAUACGGAUCUUGUGCGCUUAUCCCGCGGCUGA